CCUGCUUACCCGUCUCCGUCUCCGCCUCCACCCCUCUCCUCGCCUCGCCUCGACUGCGAGCGAACAAACCACCCUCCCAAAAGCCUCACGCGCCGUCCUCCUCCCCGCAACCCGGCGCAUGCCCUCCUCCGCUGCUCGUCCAACCCGCCCGCGCCGUGGCCUCUGAAUCACGCCGCCAUCUCCACCCAGAUUCUUUCACCCCGCUCGUCGUUCCGUUUCACCGUCUUCUGUUUCCCGUUUUCCCAGCCAAGAGAAUCGUCCGCCUCUGCCGCCGGGACGCUUCGUCCAGUAGGGGCGGCGGCGGCGGCGGCUCUCCUGCAUGGGACGCAAGAUGGGGACACUUCAGUUAGAAGACAUUGGUGAUCACCAUUUAUCUGUAGAAGUUUCUCAAGCUUCGGAUGAUGACUCACCAGUAUCCCCAUGCAUAGGAAGUGCGCACCAGGCAGAAAUCCCCAAUCUAGCCACAGACGAUGAACGACGUCAUCUCAUGGCCAGCUCACUCCACAGUUGCAAGUUACAUGCAUAUGAUUAUCCUAGUGUUUCUAUACCAGUUGUAUGGGGAAGCCAUCCACCAAGUCAAGUUAACAAGAAGGAAGAUAUUACAAGUGAAGGUAACUGGACAUAUCUGGAUCCUCAUGCUGUGCUACCAGUAGAUCAAAUUGACUCUGCAAAUAAUCAAGUUUGUGAUGAAACACCGGUUCAGUGUUUCACCCGAGAAAGCCGUGACCUCUUCACUGACAAGACAAUGGUGCAUCAAAGAGAAACAAAAAAAAUUGCUUCACUGCAUGGCUUAUCUGCCUCCGUUUGGACUGGUCUAGAGGAAGAAUGCUUUCUUCUUGGGCUGCACAUUUUUGGUAAAAAUCUCAGCCUGGUGAGCAAGUUUAUAGGGAGCAAGACUGUUGGGGAGGUGCUCUCCUACUACUAUGGGAGGUUCUAUAAUGGAACUGCAUAUAAAAGAUGGUCGCACCUUAGAAGGACAAGAACUACUAGAUGCAUUCUCGGGAGAAGCAUUUUUACUGGUCGGCGACAACAGGAGCUUAUAUCUCGUUUGAAAUUGAAAAUAUCCAAGGAGGCUCAUGCUUCGUUAGUUGAGGUUUUAAGGUCUUUGGGCUCUGACCUGACAUCUUUAGAGGAAUGUGUCUUCACUCUGAAAUCCACCAUUGGAGCAGAAACUUUUGUUCAGGUCGUUGGGAUUGGUAAAGGGAAGCAUGAUUUGACUGGAUUUGUUCAGGACACAUCCAAAACAAACAAAGGUCUAUCAGUUUCCGCCAACACACCUAAAGGCAUAAAUUGUUCCAUGCUUGCUAUAGAAGAGAUAGUCAACACCUUAACAGGUGAUUCCAGGAGAAGUAAGGCGAAACUAAAUGAUCUGUUUUGGGAAGCUGUUUGGCCCCGUUUGCUUGCAAGAGGGUGGCACUCAGAGCAGCCAAAAGACGUCCGCACAACCAAGAAUUGCCUUGUAUAUUUGGUGCCUGCUAUCAAAAAAUUCUCAAGAAGGAAGCUCACUAAAGGCACUCACUAUUUCGAUUCUAUCACUGACGUCCUUAAAAAAGUGGCAGCAGACCCCACUCUUCUUCAGCUAGAGACAGAUGGAAUAGAUAAUGGUGCACCUGUUGAUAUAAAUGGCCGGGCAACAGGCCAAGAUGGUCCUUUGGAUAGUGAUCUGGAGCUUCCAAUGUUCACUAUAAUUGAUACUAGCUUGGUCCAAGGGGAAGCGCCCUUCAAAGUGAGGGCUCUGAGAAGCUUACCUGCUGAUGCAAAUAUUAGCUUUGGAUCUACAGAUCAUUCAGAUAAUAUGUCAAACGACAGUUCCUCUCAGGAGCAACAUAGUGAUGGUAACUUGUCAGAUGACCAGGAAUGUCAUGGACAAGUGACAGCUCCUGUUAAUGACGAAAUGGGAUCAGUUUACAGUACAACCAAAGAAUCGCUGGUGGAUUUGUUGGAAGCCAUGGGGACUGCACCACAAUCUGUCUUUCCAGUUAAUGGUCAUUCUUCCGAUGAUCGGCACUCAGGCAUUUCUAGUGGUAAUGGUGACAAAGCAGACUUGACAUGCUGCUCUGUCCUUGGAAGGAAAACUGGGAGACUAGUGUAUUUAUCUCCAAAGCGCAGAAGAUUUGCUAGGUACAGUAAUGACCAGACCAGCCAACACAGCUUUUAUUUACCAGAUGAUGCUGAUUUCGAGAAAAAGAAACUGAAGCCUUUAUCCACUACAUCAAAGCCAACUGUUAUUGAUCUUGGUGGUAGUUUCCAAACCAGAACACUGGCAGACUGUUCCAUGAAGGGGAAGCCAUGUGAGCAGAUAACAGAGGUUGCGAAGCCUACUACCAACGGCGGAUCGCUUGAGAAGCGGAAUGUGGUGAAUACAAAUGAGGACAAGUCAUCAGAACGAAAGUUUGAUGCAGUAGCCAGGACUAGCAUGGGAGGGACUUUGCCAGACAAUCAUGAUUGUUUGCAGAAAAAUGAAGAUCUAACUGUGGUGAAUACAAAUGAGGACAAGUCACCUUCCAUUUCGAAUAACGAGAUAGUUCCUGAUGUUUUGGAGGUCGCCGGAAAACAUGAUCUAACUGUUGAGACGAGCUCUCGGAGGCAGGGAACCAGAAAUCGGCCUCCCACCGUAAGAGCUCUGGAAGCAGUUGCUCUUGGUCUCCUCGGAGGCACAAAGCGCAAGGGGGACGCCAGAACCUUGACGGCAAGAAGGCCUCCUCAGCGGGCUCGCAAGAAUGAAGACUGAAUGUGGGCAUCUCCACUAGUAGUAGAGAGAAACCCAUAUAUUUGGAGGCUGAAGCGCAGGAUGAGCAGAUUGUCUUGCGUGGCUCGGAUAUGUGUAAUAAAGUGUGAAAAAGAAAAUAGCAGGGUUUUCUUUUUUUUGCGGGGAAAAAAGAGAAAAAAAAGAAAAAAGCAGGGUUUUCAGGUGGUGGAUUUCACAAUCGACAUGAGCCAUCCGAAGCUGUCCCCGGUCCAUUUCUUGUGGAGGAGCUCACUGUUCCCUCAUCAUGUUCACAUUGCAGGCAUUGGUGAUUGGUGACACCUUGCUCUCCCUUUCUUUCUAGAAUCUCGGAUGUGUGAGAAAGAAUUUUACAAUUUAUAUAUUAUUAUUUCUGUUUAGUUUAUAGAAGGGUUUCAUGUCCAGCAAAUUGUGCAAACCCAAGUUUGAAUAGAGAAGAAAGAUGAACACCAUGUUGUGCUUAA